AUGACUGUAGCUGGACGAGAAUUAGAGCUGAUUGUUGACACGGGUGCAACUAUUACCAGCAGCAACGUGAAAUUACAGUCAUAUUGUGGACAGACAUUGUCUGUGCGCGGAGAAGCGGUAGUACCAGUACGCUACGUAGAUCAAGAAAUACGAGGUAGAGUAGUUGUCGUCAAUGCUGCAAAUAAGCCAGCAGUGCUUGGCAGGAAUUGGUUGUCGCAACUGAAGUUGGACUGGGCAUCUUUAUUUAGCUUGAAUGUCCUGGAUCCGGUACACGAGUUUCCUGAGUUAUUCAAGGAAGGAAUGGGAAAGCUGCAAGGAGUGCAAGCGAAAAUUACUUGGAGUGCCAAUGCAAGGCCAGUCUUUCAUAAGGCAAGACCAGUACCAUUUGCGUUACAAGCUAAAGUGGAUACUGAAAUCGAUCGUUUAGUCAGAGAAGGAGUACUGACACCUGUAGAUCAGAGCGAGUGGGCUUCACCGAUAGUAGUGAUGAGGAAAUCUGACGGCAGUAUCAGAUUGUGUGGUGACUACAAAGUAACCAUCAAUGAAUAUUUGGGAAAUAUUGAGUAUUCCACACCAAAUGCUCAGGAUUUAUUUGCUACUUUAGCGGGUGGUCGACGAUUUACCAGGCUUGAUCUAAAGCAAGCUUACCAACAAAUGGAAGUGGAUACCGGGAGCCAAGAGUAUUUAACCAUAAAUACUAGGAAGGGUUUUUUUACUUAUACCAGAAUGUCUUUUGGUAUACGAACAGCACCGAGUAUUUUCCAGAAAACGAUGGAUAUGAUAUUGUUUGGAAUACCAGGAGUUUGUUGUUUUUUCGAUGACAUACUGAUUGUCGGUUCAAUUGAUGCUGAGCACGAUGCAAGAGUGAAGCAAGUAUUACAACGCCUAAAGCAAAGAGGAGUCCGGCUAAAGAAGGACAAAUGUGAAUUUGGUCAGUCUGAGGUGACAUACUUAGGUCACAGGGUAGAUCACGAAGGUCUGAAGCCUACAGAAGACAAGGUCAAGGCUACCAGGGAAGCACCUGAGCCAAGAAAUGUGACUGAAUUGAAGGCAUUUCUGGGGCUGUUGAACUAUUACAGCCAUUUCUUACCGAAUCUGUCGAAUACUCUACAAGCAUUGUAUGAGUUACUUCAAAAAGGAAAACAGUGGAGAUGGACAAGGAAACACAGGGCCGCAUUCAAUACAGCAAAGAACAAGUUAUUACAGUCUGGUUUUCUUACGCACUAUGAUUUGUCUCGACCAGUCAAGCUCAAAUGUGACGCAUCCCCAUAUGGAAUAGGAGCCUGUUUGAGUCACGAGUUUGAGGAUGGAUCGGAGAGACCAGUGGCAUUUGCUUCACGGACACUGUCAUCAGCAGAAAAGGGCUACGCCCAAAUAGAGCGUGAAGCACUGGCAAUCAUUUUCGGCGUUCGUCAUUUCCACAAGUUCCUCAUUGGUCGAAGAUUUACACUAGUGACAGAUCACAAACCUUUGGUCAAAAUUCUGGGACCUAAACAGGGCAUCCCAGCGUUAGCAGCAGCAAGGCUGCAGAGGUGGGCACUAAUUUUAAGUGCAUAUGAGUACAACCUGGAGUAUAUGGCUGGAGAGAAGAAUAAGGAAGCAGAUAUGCUCUCCCGACUGCCAAUGGAAGUGAAUGUCAUAGACCCUAACCAGGAAUUGUACCAUGUGGAUUGCUGUGAAAAUCUACCUGUAACAGCAGCAGAAGUAGCACAAGAGACUAAAGCAGAUCCAAUUUUGAGACGGGCAUACCAGUAUACAUUGUCUGGAUGGAACUGGAAAAGUCACAUCGAUUCAAGGUUACAACCCUACUCACGACGGUCAGAUGAACUUAGCGUUGAAGAGAACUGUUUACUUUGGGGAAAACGUGUGAUAAUACCGCAAAAAUUACAGUCAAGAGUUCUAGCAGAUCUUCAUGAAAAUCACCUGGGUUCAAAUCGAAUGAAAGCAUUAGCUAGCUCGUAUAUCUGGUGGCCGAGUUUGGACAUGACGUUGGAAGAAUUGUGCAAGAAAUGUGAAAUUUGCCAAAGUCAGAGGAAUAAACCGCCUGCUGGUAUUCCUCAUCCAUGGAUGUAUCCCACAGCACCUUGGGAGAGAGUUCACGCGGAUUUCGCAGACUUUGAAGGUCAACAUUAUCUUAUUAUGAUGGACGCUUUUUCGAAAUGGUUGGAAGUGCAUGAAAUGGGCACUAGUACAACGGCUAGUAGGACAAUAGAGGUGAUGAGGCGAGUUUUUAGUUUUCAUGGCAUUCCAGGACGAUUGGUAACAGAUAAUGGUCCACAAUUUAGGUCAGUAGAAUUUCGGAAGUUCAUGAAAGGAAAUGGUGUCAAACACCAACUCACCCCUCCGUAUCACCCAUCGAGCAAUGGACAAGCAGAACGAGCAGUUCAAAUCUUCAAGAGAUCUAUGGAGGCACGACCUAGAGGACGCACUAUUCGACAUCAAAUAUCUAUAUUACUGCGGCAGUAUAGGUCGACUCCAAAUACCUCAACAGGAAAAACGUCAUCCGAAUUGCUAAUGAAGAGAGUCUUACGAACAAGACUAAGUCUUGUUAAACCUACAGUUGGAGGAGAGAUUCGAGACAGACAGGAGAGCCAAACAGAAGCUGCAUCCAGACAUCGUGAGAUGUUACCUGGAGAAUCAGUGGCAGUAUGGAACCCAAGACAAGAUAGUCGGGGACGGUGGCUCUCUGGAACAGUAGUCCAGAAACUGGGACCGAGCAACUAUCUUGUAAAUGUGAAUGGUCAGGCUAGGUAUGUUCAUGUAGACCAUAUAUUACAUCGUGAUAUCAGAAGUUUUCCACAGGAUGUACAUCAGGAGCAAACUUCCAAUACUCAUGAUAGUACAGCGACUAUGAUUUCACCACAAGCUGGAAAUUAUUUCGAAGUGAAUGCUGAGAAGACAAUGUCAUCAACGGACUCUACCGGGGAAGACUCAGUACCCACUACUCCUAGCCACCCUGAGUUAACAGAGACACAGUCGGAACAGACUGAUAACAUGCCAACAAAGAAACCAAUUGAGAAGUCAACAGAGAGAGAAAAUCGACGAUAUCCCACAAGGAACCAAGGGCGUCACAUGGGUCCCAAAAGUGGGGGGGCGCAAAUUUGA